UGUCCCCUCCUCGGAAGUAGACGUAUCUGUCUAUAUUCCGACCGUUUUAUUUUAAUAUCAAUUUGGAAGGAUCCCUUCUUUUAAUCCCCCCAAAUUAAACGGAAAAUGGAGGCCAAGAUGGAAGCCUAAAGAAAUGUCCAAAUCCGAUCUGCCCUUUUGUUUUGCUUCAGUUUAAUGGACCGGAUGAUUUCCAAGUCAAACUGCGAUUCCCACAGCUUUGCAGGGGAGGUAGCUGUAUCCAGUUGGGAGGUAGGCACAUCCAGGGGUCGUGAUGAAAUUUGCCGAACCCUUGGAGAGCCAGAAACUGUCUUCUCUCUUGGAGAGUGCAGUUUCUAGGGAAGCCAAAAUGUGGAAGGUCUACGUGCCAAAAAAGCCAGCCAGUCAGGAUACAGAUAUCACCCCUGCUCAGCGUGAUGAGGCCGUACAGUGGCUCACCCUCCUGCACUCUGACCUCAAGCUCUAUCCAGAAUCCCUCUUCCUGGCCGUCAACAUCCUGGACCGCUUUUUAGCUUCUGUAAAGGCCCGUCCGAAGUACCUGCGCUGCAUUGCCAUCACUUGUUUCUUCCUGGCUGCUAAAACCAACGAGGAGGAUGAGCGGAUCCCCUCCCUGAGGGAACUGGCCAGCAGGAGUAAGUGUGGCUGCUCUCCGUCUGAGAUCUUGCGGAUGGAAAGAAUAAUUUUGGACAAACUUAACUGGGACUUACUAACAGCUACUGCGCUAGACUUUCUUCACAUUUUCCAUGCUUUGGUGAUGUGUGGUAAGUCUGACGUAUCAGGAGAUGUGUUUGGGAUGAGUCGCUCACAGCACCUAUGUGUGGUGACCCAGCAGCUGCAGCGGUGUAUAUGCAACAGUGAGCUGAUCCGUAUGAGGGGUUCUGUCAUAGCACUCUCUCUACUCACUCUAGAGCUAGAGAAACUCUGCUCUGAUUGGCUGGAGCUCGCUGCACACCUACUCCACAAAGCCCAGAUUGACACUUCUGAGCUGGUAAACUGUAGAGAGCUGGUGGCACGUUGCCUAUCCACUCACCAGGCUUCCCUGCCUCCCAACACUGUGUACAUCUACCAUUCCUCCCCUCAAAAUCUGGCAGCUCAGGACAGGGGAAGGGUACCACCCUGGCACCCUUCCCCUCUCCUGAAUGCAUCAGAUCAGGCCUCCAGCUGCCCCUGGGACCCCUCCCCUGCAACUGUCGACCCCACCUCGACGACCCUCGACCAUCAGCCACGGGUUAAGUCUUCCACCAAACGCAAGGUGGAGCAGAUGGAGGUGGAUGACUUCUUCGAUGGGAUCAAACGCCUCUACAAUGAAGAGAUCGGCCAGGAGGGGGCACUGUUGGUUCCUGUGGAUGGAGGAGGGCAGGUUUUGAGCUGCAGCACCCUGGUCACACAUCAGGAGGGCAGCUCAUCCCCUUGCCCCCCCUUACAGCCUGUCAGCGUCUCCUAGUAACCCGAGUUCCACUUCUUUAUUUGUGCUGAAGAAGCAAAAAACCGCAGCUUCAGAUUGUAUCAGAAACCCCCAGAGCAAGAGAGGGACCCCAAAAAUAUACAAAAAAUAUAUGUAUAUUUGCGUAUUCUGCUAUUUCAUAACCAUUCUUUCAAAAGGAAAAGGAGUAAAAAAAAAAUAUAAAAUGUGUCUAUAAAAAUGUCCCUCCAAAAAAAAAAAAAAAGAUGUAGGAUAACUUUCAUAGCACUUUUGUGGUAAUACUCUGAUCCGUGUUGAUGUGGAUGUUUGUCUCAUUUAUAUGUGUUCCCCUUUCACUUUCUCUUAGUUUCAUGUUUUUCCUCUUUCUUCCUGUUUCUCUGUCACAUCACACAGCUUCAUGUUUGUGUUUCCAAAACAAAACUAACAAACUAUGCUUUUAAAGAACAGUGUGUGGAUUGUCAGAAGCUAUAUAAAUAUGUAUGUAUGGUGUGAAUUACCUGGUUUGUUAAAGACGAGCGAAGUAGAAUUGAAAAAGAAUCAGUAUUUUUUUUUGUGUCUCUAAAAUUUAGUUCACUCUUUUAUACAUGCAUAUAUGUAUGUGUAUAUAUAUAUGUGU